AUCCAGACCCAGUGAGAAACCUGAGGGUGGAGGCUCAGGACAGCAGCUCCAUCAGCCUGACAUGGGACGUCCCCGAGGGCUCCUCCCCCUCCCAGGACCUCACCUACUGGGCCGUGUGCAUUAAUAAUGGUGGCCAGAGUGAGACCUGGAACACAACAGACACCCGAGUCACUGUGGAUGGACUGCGUCCUGCCUCUUCAUAUGAGUGUUCUGUGUGGGUGGAAAGAGAUGGAGUCAACAGCUCCAAGGUGAAUCUCAGUCACUCCACAGCUCCAAACCCAGUGACAAACCUGAGGGUGGAGGCUCAGGACAACAGCUCCAUCAGCCUGACAUGGGACAUCCCUGAGGGCUCCUCCUCCUCCCAGGACCUCACCUACUUGGCGGUGUGCAUUAAUAAUGGUGGCCAGAGUGAGACCCGGAACACAACAGACACCCGAGUCACCGUGGAUGGACUGCGUCCUGCCUCUUCAUAUGAGUGUUCUGUGUGGGUGGAAAGAGAUGGCGUCAGCAGCUCCAAGGUGACUGUCAGUCACUCCACAGCUCCAAACCCAGUGAGAAACCUGAGGGUGGAAGCUCAAAACAGCAGCUCCAUCAGCCUGACAUCGGAUGUCCCUGAGGGCUCCUCCCCAUCCCAGAACAUCAUCUACUGGGUCCAGUGCACUGACGAUGGUGGCCAGAGUGAGACCUUGAACACAACAAACACCCGAGUCACUGUGGAUGGACUGCAUCCUGCCUCUUCAUAUGUGUGUUCUGUGUGGGUGGAAAGAGAUGGAGUCAGCAGCUCCAAGGUGAAUGUGAGUCACUCCACAGCUCCAAACCCAGUGAGAAACCUGAGGGUGGAGGCUCAGGACAACAGCUCCAUCAGCCUGACUUGGGACGUCCCUGAGACGAACUGCUCCUCCUCCUCCCAGGACCUCACCUACUGGGUCCAGUGCACUGAAGAUGGUGGCCAGAAUGAGCCCCGGAACACAGCAGACACCCGAGUCACUGUGGAUGGACUGCAUCCUGCCUCUUCAUAUGAGUGUUCUGUGUGGGUGGAAAGAGAUGGCGUCAGCAGCUCCAAGGUGACUCUCAAUCAAUCCACAGGAGAUUGGGAAGGCAUGGCCCUCAUCACAGACAGCAUUUGGAAAGUGCUGGUUUAG